UGCAAGGCCAGGAGAGGAAGUUUUCAGCCUUAGCUUGAUGCCAAGGUUCACGCUGGAAAUGUUUGCUUUGCCCCUUUACCAAAGAGCAGAGUUUCCAAAUUCUCUGGACGGCACACCGAGCCCUGCUGCUCCAGGCUGUUCCCUCCAGUGCCAUAAUCCAUGUACCCCUUCCUGUACCUCAUCCAUAGUCACUCAAUCGACUUGUACGAUCCCAAAUGACACUGCCAGCAGAUGCUUUGGUACUGCAGCAUCCCCACACAUCCCCAUUCCCAAUCCGCUGCUGCUUCCUUUGGGAUGUCUCCAGUGGCAGCAGUAGCAGUGUCCAUCACAACUCCCACCCUUUGCUUAUGUGCUGUUUUCACCGUCCCUGCUUCCUACCCCAAACCACACCGGCAGAUCCAGGCUUCGGGAGGGAUGAUUGUCAGGAAAAGGGAAACCCCAGAUAAACACACAGCUGUGGGUUCCUCCAGAGAGUCCUGCAGGACGUGGGUGCUGCCAGUGCCGGGGAGUAACGUUUGCUUUGUGGCUUUAUCUCACAGUGAGAGCCAGCAAUCCCACCGGUGCUCCUGGACAGUGAUCCCAGCCAGAAAUCCCAACCACUGACCGGCUCCUAGCAGCCCCAGCCAUACCCACUCCCUUGGCCGCGUUUUCCACCCUGGAAUGGCUGUUUGGGGAUGAGGGAAAGCCAACUGCGAGGACAAGCGGAGCCGUCCCUCUGGCAUUCGUGGGAUCCCGCCGCAAGUUUCCCAACCCAGGCCGUGCCCUCAGCGCUGCUCCCGGCGGGUGCCAGCGAUGGAGCCGUGCCCAGCCCCCUGCUGAGGCAGGAUGAGCAGCUGGAGCUGCUGGAGCGCCUGGACUUCGUGCUGAGGAACGUGGUGGAGCUGAGGAAGGAGGUGGAGGAGCUGCGGAACAGCCUCCAGCACCUGGCGGUGGAGAUCGUGGGGGAAGUCAGGAGCCACCUGGAAGAAACCCAGCGCGUGACUCGCCGGAGGAAGCUCCCAUUCUUCAGGGACAGAAGUGACUCCACAGGCUCCAGCUCCAUUUAUUUCACAGCCAGCUCAGGGAACCUCAACACAGAUGAUGGAGAGAGUGAAGGGGGUUACACCACGGCCAACGCCGAGUCCGACUACGACCGGGAGUCGGAGCGGGAGAGCGAGGACGAAGUGAGCUGUGACACAGUGAGGACUGUGCGCAGGGAUUCCUUGGACCUGGUCCCCGAGGAUGAAAGCCCUCUGGUUGUGGAUUCCUUGCUGGAGGAGGGGCUGGGACAGCUCCUGGAGCAGGCAGACCGCCUGCACAGCGGGGAUGAGCAGGACAGGAGAGAAGGGUUCCAGCUGCUCCUCAACAACAAGCUGGCGUACGCGGGGCAGCAGGAAUUCCUGUGGCGCCUGGCGCGGGCGCACUGCGACAUGUGGGAGCUGACGGAGGACACGGAUGAGAGGAGAUCCUACGCCACCGGGGGGAAGGAAGAGCUGGAACUUGCCUUGCAGAAAUGGGAUGGAAGUGCUGAGUGCCACCAGUGGUUUGCCAUCCUUUGUGGGCAGGUGUCGGAACAGGAAAGCAUUCCCAAGCGCAUCCAGGCUGGAUAUGUUUUCAAGGAACACAUUGAUAAAGCCAUUGCCCUGAAGCCACAGGACCCACAGCUCUACUAUCUCCUGGGCAGGUGGUGUUACCAGGUUGCCCACCUGGGCUGGCUGGAGAAGAGGACGGUGUCGGCGCUCUUCGAGGCUCCCCCGACGGCCACGGUGCAGGACGCGCUCCAGAACUUCCUGCGGGUCGAGGAGCUGAGCCCAGGGUUUUCCAAAGCAGGAAGAGUUUACAUUGCCAAGUGCUACAGGGACCUUGGGAACACCACGGCAGCAAUGCUGUGGAUGGACCUUGCCUCAGAGCUGCCAGGGAACACCAAAGAGGAUGCAGAAAGCGAGAAGGAGCUUCAGGAGAUGCGCUCGGUCUGGGAGGAAUGAUUCUGGAAAAACUAAUCCCACUGCAGAGGCAGUAAAAUUCCAAAUGGAUUUUACAAUCUUGACAAUUCCAAGUACAAUUCAUGGACAAGCAACAAGAGCUGACAGGGAAACACCCAGCAGCACAUCCAGGAAAACAUCUUGGAAUGAACGGGAUAAAAGCGUGGUUUAUUUUCCUUUGUGCAGCACUGCAUGUGUUUGAUUUUAGGAUCCCUGAAAAUGUUACAUUCCUGAAAAAGGGGAGGGGGGAAUAUGGGGAAUUAUAGGAAGAGUUUGUGAUAUAAAAAUAUUUGUGGUUAUAUAUAUAUAUAUAUGGCAGAUAUAUGGCAGAUAUGUGGUAUAAAUAUGUAUUAUAUAUUUUUAUAUGUGUGUAUAAAUAUAUAUAUAUUUAUUUCUAUAUAAUAUAUAUAUGCACAUAUAUAUUUUAUAUCACACACUCUGCCUGUAGGAAAGCCUUGCUGGUGAGCUCCCAAUUCAUUCCUGAGGAAAACUUGAGCCAAAUUUGUUUCCAGUUUGUACUCUCUGUAGUAAUUAAUGGAAUCAGUUGUAAUAACUGAUAAAUGCCUUUUGGGAAGAUCAGUUUCCAAGUGGGACCAAGGAACUUCUCUGCACAGUCCAGACUGGAUUUUAAGAGGUUCAUUAGUCAAAAGAAGUGAAGAAUAGGAUUUUAAACUUCAGGACUUUCUCCCAGUGAUGUUUCUGUCUUCCCUCACAUGAGGCUGAAAACUUCUGUCCCUCCAAACUGUGCUGCUGUGGUUUGAUGGAAUUACUGACUUUGGGAAGUAGUUCCUGAUCAGAGAACAGGUUACAGGAGCGGGAAUAUCCUGUGGCAAAAAUGAUGUUUUGCUGUGAUGAUGUGCUGUCACUGACCAGAUUAAUUCUCUUCGAAUUAAUUAUCUCCUGGACUAACGAGGCGACGCCGAGGAGGUGAAGCUGGCUACUGACAUUCCUCUUGCAGCUCCCGGGGACCCAGCAGGAACAGGGAGGAAUUGUGCUGGAUGCUGACACAGAUGGGGAAGGAAAACGUGUUGUGGAAUUCCCCACAUAUUUAUCAAGGCUUUGUUGAUAUCCCUUAAAAUUCCAAUGGCAGCUACUGAACACUAAUUCCUGAAUGAAUGUCUUGUUUCAUGCUGGGGUGGUUGUGAGGGGUAUGUGAGUAAAACAUUCCUUAAGUCUCCUGUUUUUUCCCUUGCACUGUGGUGGGUUUGUUACUUCCUGAAAAUAACACUGAAGGGGGAAAGUGCAGCAGACUCCAGCGUCAAAACUUGCUGGAUUGGAGGUCUGGCUGCUGCAGGGCUGGGGGGCAGGCACUGGCCACGGCACAGACCUGGGGGAAGUUUGGGAGCAUUUGGAGCAAUGGGAGGGACUGGAUGGAGCAAUGGGGCUGUGCUCCCAAAAGCACAUCCCAAAGGCUGUGGCAUUUGUCACCUUGUCAGGAAUGUGGUGGCAGCCCCGGGAGCAGGUUGGAGGUGAGAACUGGGGCAAUGUCUGGGACUGAUCCAGGCCAGGUCAGUGUUUCCCUGUGGGGGUUGUCCCCACACGCUGAGUUAAGCAGGAUCAGGGUGACAGAUGCUGAAUUUUGUGCAUCCUGAGAGUUCCUGUCCCCCCUGGAGAUUUCCUGCUGGGAUGUGGCAGCUCAGGGAGCAGAAUUAAACCUGCACCUCCCGUGGGCAGUGCUGGCCUUUGUCUCUCUGUUGUGCCAUCAGCCUGUGGGAAUUUGCUGCUGUCACUGCCAGUGCCACCCCACCUGGGGCUGCAUCCUCCUGGCAGCCCCUCCCAGCCCCACGCUCCAGCUCCAGUGGUGCCUGUGCCGUGAUGGGAGGGUUUGCUGGGAAUGUGCCUCAUCCCUGGGAGUAUCCUUUUGUUCCAGAGCAGCCAGACAGAGCUUUUGGGCUUGUCAGCUCCAGAGUUUGAUUGUAAGAGUCCCCGAAAGGAAGAAUAACAAUGAGGUUCGUUAAAGUGGUGCUUUCAGACCCCACCUGACAGUCUGUGCUUUGUGUUGGAGGUUGUUGUGUAUUUGCACCGCAGGGAAUGAAUGUUCCCUGUCCCAGUUCAGCCCAGCAGAUCCAAAGGCUCUUACAGGAAUAUUUAUCCUUUGCUUCCCUUUGUGAUAACUUAAUCCCCACCCUGCCAUGAGCCAUUCCUUGAGUUCUCCUGGAGAAAACCUCAUGGCAGAGACAGUUUGCAAAGGAGCCCAGAGCUGUGUUUGGAGCAGGGAAUGCUGAGAGCUGCAUCUGCUUGUGCUGCCCCAGCCUGGCAACAUCCACAUGGAACAGCCUGGGCAGAUGGGAUUAGAUGGAGCAAAAUCCCUUCAUGGAAGAGAUUUUCUCCUGUGCAAACCAGGCAUGGGGCAGGCAGUGAACUUUGGAAAUCAGCUGAUUUCCCCCAGGAAGCAUCAUUCCCAUCUGCAUGAAUGACAGGACCUGUGCCCACAGCUCAGAAUUCACCCAGCCAAAAUCAAGAGCAAAGGUUGGUUUGGGUCUGAGAACUUGAAAUAACUUUGAAAGAGAAGAAAUCACCUUUUUCUUCUUCCUUUCUUUCUUUCAGAUGCUGGAAUUGCCUCUGUGGACGUGUGCUGAGCUCUUGCUGCAGGGGACUGCCAGGCCUUAGUGGCUGCGAGGUCAUGUUCUUCUCACUGGGGAACUGGAAAUAAUUAUGAAUUAAUUAAUUGAAUAAAUAUUUUCUGAAACCUUUC